AUUCACUCGCUCAACCCCACUCGCUCACUCAGUCACUCGCUAUUCGUUACGGAGAGUGCACGCGUGAAUAAACAGUGAACACAAAUGCCGAUAUUAUUGUUUCAAACAUUCGCUCAGCUGAUCAGUGAUAAAUACAAAUUCAUACAGUGACUAACGCAACGGCACAUCAGUACGAGCGAAUCUUUGCAUUCAAUUGUGAUCAACGUAAGGCAGACAUCUAUCGAAAAUAUCUUGAGUCAAAUGUAAAAAUAUACGCGUCACAGAGAACCGUUCUACCGCGUGUGACUGAUCGAUAUUAUAAUGAUAACAUGGUUUCAAUUAGGUGUUGUUUUAGAAGACAGUGAGAUAUAGUGGCCAGAUUGUUUAGUGUAUCUUCGUACAGUUAGUGAAAAGCGAUGCGGUAGAGCAACGAGCAAGCAGAAUGUGGGUGUUGGCGGCGCUGGCGCUGGCGGCGGCGGUGGUGGCGCGCGCGCUCGCCGGCCAGCCGCGCUGCGAGGAGAUCACCAUACCGAUGUGCCGCGGCAUCGCCUACAACAUGACCUCCUUCCCCAACGCGCUCGAUCACGACACGCAGGACGAGGCCGGCUUAGAGGUACACCAGUACUGGCCCCUCGUCGAGAUAAAGUGUUCCGCCGACCUGAAGUUCUUCCUCUGUUCGGUCUACACCCCCAUCUGCAUAGAAGAAUACGAGGAGCCGUUGCCGGCGUGCCGCAGCGUGUGCGAGCGAGCACGGGCCGGGUGCGCGCCCCUCAUGCAGAAGUACGGGUUCCAGUGGCCGGAAAGGAUGGCGUGCGAGCGUCUGCCGCGCUUCGGUGACCCCAGUCGACUCUGCAUGGAGGAGCCGGACCGCGAGCCCGAGCCGGAGCCGCCGCGGCCUCCGCGCCGUCCGCACCAGCGCUGCAAAGAUCCAAAAAACUGCGAGGGCGGCGCUGCCGGCGCGGGCGCAGGCGCGGGCGCGGGCGCGGGCCCGGGCGGCGCGGGCGCGGCCGAGUGCGGGGACUGCACGUGCCGCCCGCCGCUGGUGCCGCAGCCGCGCGACAACCGCACCGCGCCCCACCUGCCGCCCGCCUGCGCGCUGCCGUGCCGCGGCGCCUUCUUCACCCGCGAGGAGAAAGACUUCGCCGCCGUGUGGGUGGCGCUCUGGAGCGGCCUCUGCGCCGCCUCCACGCUGAUGACGCUCACCACGUUUCUGAUCGACUCGCAGCGGUUCAAGUACCCGGAGCGGCCGAUCGUGUGCCUGUCCGCGUGCUACUUCAUGGUCGCGCUCGGGUACAUGGCGCGGCUCGCUCUCGGCCACGACGAGGUCGCGUGUGACGGCCCGCUGCUGCGCACCUCCGCCGACGGCCCGAGCGCGUGCACGCUCGUCUUCAUCCUCGUGUACUUCUUCGGCAUGGCGUCGUCGAUCUGGUGGGUCGUGCUCUCGUUCGCGUGGUUCCUCGCCGCCGGGCUCAAGUGGGGCAACGAGGCGAUCGCCGGGCACGCGCAGUACUACCACCUGGCCGCCUGGCUCGUGCCCGCCGCCAAGACCGUGGCCGUGCUGCUCGCGGGCGCCGUCGACGGGGACCCGGUCGCCGGCGUCUGCUACGUCGGCAACGCGAACCCGGACAACCUCAAGCGGUACGUGCUCGCGCCGCUCGUCGUGUACUUCGCGCUCGGGGCGACGUUCCUGCUCGCCGGCUUCGUGUCGCUGUUCCGCAUCCGGUCGGUGAUCAAGCGGCAGGGCGGCGUCGGCGCCGGCUCGAAGGCGGACAAGCUCGAGAAGCUGAUGAUCCGCAUCGGCGUGUUCAGCGUGCUGUACGCGGUGCCGGCGGGCGUGGUGAUCGGGUGCCUCGCGUACGAGGCGGGCGGGCGCGAGGAGUGGCUGCGGCGGGUGGCGUGCGGGCCCGACUGCGGCGGGCGGCCGCUCUACUCCGCGCUCAUGCUCAAGUACUUCAUGACGCUGGCGGUGGGCAUCACCUCGGGCGUGUGGAUCUGGUCCGGCAAGACGCUGGACUCGUGGCGGCGCGUGUGGCGCGGCGCGCAGCCCCCGCCGCCGCCCGCGCAGCGCGCGCUCGUCAAGGGCGCCGUGUGACCCGCGCCCCCCGCGCCCCGCGCGCCCCCCUCCGCCGCCGCCCCCUCCGCCGUCGCGCCCUCCGCCCCCUCCGCGCGCUCGGCCCCGCCGCUGUCGGACUACGGCCCCGUGUAAGUGGCCCUCCCGCCCGCGGUGACGCUCCGCGCCGGACCCGUCUCCGCAUGGAAUACGAGUGAAAAGUGCCGCGCGGCGUCUAGUCCUAGGGCAUCCCGCGCCCCCCAUAUACGUAACUAGUGUGUAAGCGACGAUUCAUCGACCGACGUGAAUGUUAGAGCUCGUAAACCAGUGUGUCGCCCGCCGCGUGAACCGACGACGGCGGCUCCGGCUGCUCGCUCGCGGUCGAACGUUCGACUCCCGCCGCGUCCGAUGAGUCGGAGCCGCUUCUGUAUCGUGUACAAUAUUCGCAGUGGUGAACGCUCGACGUACGAUUUUAAUCCUGUGAUUCGUAUAACGUGUAUAUCGACUACUUAAGCAGAAGUUUGUAAAUAGCGCCAUCUAAUCUUAGUUCGGGUCGUGUUAAUUUUUCUGAGUAGUGUAUUAUAUAAAUAAAGCUAUCCUCGAGAAAUAGUUUGUGAUGUUUUGCAACUGUGUUGUCAUUACGAGGUACAUAAUAAUAUAGUUAUGAGUCCCGCCUCACCCGGUCACCGAACGUAACAUAUAAAUCAUUAAAAUACGCAUGUGAAUCUUUAUAUUCUCGAUUUGUAGAUUUCGCGUGAGUAGUUUUAUGAUUUAUAUUGGUCCUAUGAGGUGUUCUCAUAUAAUUGAAUAAUAAUGUACAAACUUCCUCAACAAACUUAUGAUGAUGCCUGCCAGUUUUGUCACUGCCAAUUUUUACAGAAUUUAAGGCAUUUUCAAAUUGAUAUUAUUAUGUGUGUACCGCUGACGUAUUUAAUAAGUAAUGAAAGUAAGGAUCUCAAGAAAUACCGACUAGGUUUCUAUAAUAUUUUUGAGGUCGUAUAUAGCAGACUGUAUUAGCGUUUUUUAAAAAUAACUAGGUCGAUAAAAUAAAAAGAAUAACUUGUCUGUUUUUGUUUUGAAUGCUGUAUUCAAAAUUUCUAUCGAUUUUUUUAUAUUGUUUAUUCAUUUACAGCGCCGCUCAAAUGUUUGACGAUAAUUAGAGUAUCUAUCGAACAUGCACGUGCAAUCGUAUAUAAUAUUGUAAAUUGUUUAUUUUAUUAAUAGUUGAUAUGACUGUAAGCGGUCCACCCCGACAACACGUUAUGUAAUUUAUUUUAUAUCUAAAUGUAGAUAACAAAUAAAGCGACUUUUUUUAUGUACAAACAUUCAUUUUGUUUUCUUUAUAUCCCGUUA